GGGAGUGGAAAGGAAAAUGGAGGGGAAGGGCCUGCGUGGAGUGUGAAUAUUCGACGCUUGGGAAGCGAUUAGUGGCAAGUAAUUGGCAGGCAGGCAGCAGUGCCCCGUACUGGCCGAAAUGGUUACAGAGAAGGAAGAGGAAGAAGAGAGAGGACCCGUCAGACUGUUGCUGCUGCUUCUGCUCCUGCUGCUUCUCGUCCAACCACUGGUUUCCAUGGUGCCAUACCCUUCCGGUUUUCUGGUCGUCGGAGUCCGAUCGAACAUGGUGUCUCCGGAGGGCUCGAUUAUGAUCAGGGCCGACCGCAGGGAGGAGUCCGGUUCCGAGGACGCGCUGUACAAGGAGCUGUGGCACGCCUGCGCCGGCCCCCUCGUCACCGUCCCCCGGGCAGGAGAGCUCGUGUACUACUUCCCGCAGGGCCAUAUCGAGCAGAUAGAGGCGUCCACUAAUCAGUCCUCCGAUCAGAAAAUGCCGGCUUAUGAUCUUCCCUCGAAAAUCCUCUGCCGUGUGAUCUGCGUGCUGUUGAAGGCCGAGCCGGAUACGGAUGAGUUGUUUGCUCAAGUGACUCUGCUUCCCGAGCCUAACCAAGAUGAGAAUAUGUUGGUGAAAGAAUCUGCACUUCCCCCAGCUCCACGUCCCCGUGUUCAUUCCUUUUGCAAAACACUCACAGCUUCUGACACGAGCACUCAUGGCGGGUUCUCUGUAUUGAGACGCCAUGCAGAUGAAUGCCUGCCUCCACUGGAUAUGUCCAAGCAACCCCCGACUCAGGAGUUGGUGGCCAAGGAUUUACAUGGAACCGAGUGGCGCUUUCGGCAUAUCUUCAGAGGUCAACCUAGGAGGCACCUCCUCCAAAGCGGAUGGUCUCUAUUUGUCAGCUCUAAAAAGCUUGUUGCUGGAGAUGCUUUUAUUUUUCUCAGGGGCGAAAACGGGGAACUUAGGGUGGGGGUCAGGCGUGCGAUGAGGCAACCAAAUAAUAUUCCAUCUUCAAUCAUGCCAAGCCACAGUAUGCAUAUUGGCGUCCUUGCAACAGCAUGGCAUGCCAUUUCAACUGGCACGAUGUUCACUGUCUACUAUAAACCGAGGACAAGCCCUGCUGAAUUCAUCAUCCCAUUUGACAAAUACAUGGAGGCUACCAAGGUCAAUUAUUCGAUUGGUAUGAGGUUCAAGAUGAAGUUUGAAGGUGAAGAAGCUCCAGAGCAGAGCAGGUUUUCAGGCACAGUUGUUGGAAUCGAUGAUGCUGAUCAUGUCCGGUGGCCUGGGUCGAAAUGGAGAUGCCUCAAGGUACGAUGGGAUGAGAUUUCCUCCAUUCAUCGUCCAGAAAGAGUCUCUCCAUGGAAUGUAGAGCCAGCCACUGUUGCUCCACAGCCCCCUCCGAGUUCCCGAAUGAAAAGGCCCCGUGGAAGCAUGGUUCCAUCUACCGAUUCCUCUGUCCUAGCAAGGGAAGGCUCUUCUAGGAUCAUUGUGGAUGACCCGGCAGAAAAAGGCUUUGUGAAGGCCUUGCAAGGUCAAGAAGUCCCAAGCCUGAAGGACAUGUUAGCGUUGAAUAAUGAUUCCGAGACUGUCGAGAUCCCUAGUGGACGGGCUGCUUUUCAAAGUGAUGAUCCAAUCAAUUGUGGUCAGGGGAAACUUAGACCGGAGACCUGGGCUCCUCCAGUAAUGCCAGAAUCUAGGAUGAAUUUGAUAUCAGAUUCUCCUACUAUGCACACACCUUACCGGGUUUUCCCGCCAUUUUCGUACAAGACUGAUGAUAUCAUGGCUGACCCCUUGAAGAAACGUGACUCAGCCAGUGAAAGCAAGGGCAACUUGCAAAAUCUGCACUCUCUUAUGCACUCAAGCCCCUCUCUGAACUUAUUGGGAUCCAACAUGGCAGUACCAGUCGAAGUCGAGAAGAAACAGCCGCAGAUUUAUGUUCGGUGUGGUACAUUUGCUGGGUACAAUAGUAUUCAUGGUCUUGGGAGUGAGCAUCGUCCUGGAAAUUGGCUCCGUCCCCUCUUGUCACCUAAAUUUGCUGAGGAUUUGAAUCCUCCCAAAACUCGUCAAUCAAAUUCUCCAUUUAUGCAGCAAUUGCAUACUUCUAAUGGUGGCGGUGGUUGUAAGCUCUUUGGUAUCUCCUUGGAUAGCAGCCCAGUUGGAGGGGAAGCGGUUAGAGCACGUGCGCCGCUGCAGCGAGUCAAUCUCGAUUCGAACGGUUCGCAGAAUCCCGAAUCUGACCAGCAUAAAGAAGUUUCAAAAUUUACAGAAGGUGCUAGUACAUGUGAUGAUCCUGGAAAGGCAUUCGAAUCUCCAGAACAGACUUUCAGAGACACACAGGGCAAGCAGCAGGCCAGCUUUACAAGAAGCUGUGUCAAGGUGCACAAGCAAGGGAUUGCUGUUGGGAGAUCCGUGGACUUGAGCAAGUUCAGUGGCUACAGUGAAUUAAUAGCAGAGCUGGACAGAAUCUUUGAAUUUAAUGGUGAACUCGUUGUUCCAUACAAGAAUUGGCUGGUUGUCUUUACGGAUGAUGAGGGUGAUAUGAUGCUUGUGGGAGAUGAUCCGUGGCAGGAAUUCUGCGGCAUGGUGCGGAAGAUCUUUGUCUACACUAAGGAGGAGGUGAAAAGGAUGGUUCCACCACACUCAAAUCCUGAAAUUGAGGAGUAUCCACUGAACGGAACGGACUGGGAGGAUAACCCUGCAGAUCAUUAGGACGGAACUCAUCCUUCCAACAAGGUUGCGGAUCCUUUGAGGAGGUUAAUCGGCCAGAUUUCCCCUCUUUGAACUAUAGUUGUAUAUUCGAUGUUUGAUUUAGUUAUGAGAUCUUGCCCCCCCAGGUUUCUUCUCCUUGAAUGAACUGGAGAACAGUGAACCGGGGGAAGCUAUUGUAAAUGGCCCGGGUAGUGUAUUAUCGGCAGUAGGAUGUCCAUACCUGACAUGAACCACGUUAUAGCAAGCAUUAUAGCAGUUGGCAGUUCACGUUUUUGUGCGGGAUUGUAUCCUCCCAUGUACAUAGCAUAUGAUAAAACAUCGUUAUUGUUGAUCUUUGUCUGGUCUUCUUAGCUCGUAGAAACUUUGCCGGUGUUACGGGAUGGAAUUUGUAUAUAAUACUCAAAUGUGUGCACAUGGCAUCUCCAUUUUU